GAUCCUGCAGAUACAGUCUCUGGUCCUCGUCCCUGUGAAGCUCACGGAAUACUUUCCUCCUGCUCGGGCUGUUCAGCUGCUGUUUGAUAGGAGUUCUCCACCGCAGGAUCUGUGCUACAUAGUAGCUGAGGACACGAGAAGAAACAAACCAACAAGAAAAUGACACAUUUCAAUAAGGGGCCCUCCUACGGAUUAUCUGCUGAAGUGAGAAGCAAAAUUGCUCAGAAAUAUGACACACAGAAGGAGGAGGAGCUCCGCUGCUGGAUUGAAGAGGAAACGUCAAUGCCUAUUGGAGAGAACUUCCAGAAAGGCUUGAAGGAUGGUGUCAUCCUCUGCAAACUGAUCAACAAGAUGCAGCCUGAUUCAGUGAGGAGAAUCAACCUUUCACAGCUGAACUGGCACAAGCUGGAAAACCUUGGGAAUUUCAUCAAAGCUAUCCUGGCCUAUGGCCUAAAGCCCAAUGACAUCUUUGAGGCCAAUGACCUGUUUGAAAAUGGGAACAUGACUCAAGUCCAGACCACACUGCUCGCUUUGGCCAGCAUGGCAAAGACCAAAGGUAUGGACUCAAAGAUUGAUAUCGGGGUGAGAUAUUCAGAAAAACAAACGCGACAUUUUGAUGAUGAGAAGAUCAAGGCCGGUCAGUGCGUCAUUGGACUGCAGAUGGGGACAAACAAGUGUGCGAGUCAGGCUGGGAUGACUGCUUAUGGAACCAGAAGACAUCUGUAUGAUCCAAAGACUCAGACUGACAAACCCUUCGACCAGACCACCAUCAGCCUGCAGAUGGGAACCAACAAAGGAGCCAGCCAGGCGGGCAUGUCCGCCCCUGGUACCCGCAGAGACAUCUAUGACCAGAAGGUGGCGCAGCAGCCGAUGGACAACUCCACCAUCUCCCUCCAGAUGGGCACCAACAAGGUGGCGUCUCAGAGAGGUAUGAGUGUGUAUGGGCUGGGUCGCCAGGUCUACGACCCCAAGUACUGCACCCCCCCAACAGAGCCGGUCAUCCACGCCAACGGCAGCCAGGGCACCGGCACCAACGGCUCCGAGAUCAGCGACAGUGACUAUCAGGCGGAGUUCCAGGAGGAAGAGUACCAGCCAGGCUACCAGGAAGACUACAGCCCCCAUUACAAUGAUCAGGGCAUUGACUAUUAGUGGAGACCUCCACCUCCAGAUCAGUAUUAACUAGUGUAUUCUAUCAACCACACAACAGGGCAAGUCUUUUGCUAUCCUCACUAGUCUUUUUCUUCUCUUGAAGCAUACAAUGAAAUGUUGCCUUCCUUCUUCAGACUCUUUGAUCUGAACGUAAGAAGCUGUAGUGACAUAGAAUAAUGAGACCGAGUGACAUGUUUUAAGUCUAAGAGCAUUCCUUUUUAAUCCCCACUUUUGUUUUUUAAAGACGUCUAAAUGAUGGAACACUGAAGUAGUGGUAACGUUGUGGGCCGAUGAUGGUGUAGCAUCAGGUGAAGCUGCUGCCGUCCAGUGUUCGUGUUCCUGGACUGAAACUGGGCUCAUGAUCCUCGUGAAAGGAAUUCAACAACAGGCUGAGUCAUCAUCUGUGUUCAGCCGCUGUAAUCCAGCCACACUUUGUGACGCUGGUAUUCCUUUUUGUUUUACUACAUAUAAUCACUAGGUAGUGUUUUUGUUUUUUUAAUGAUGAGCAUGGUGUCCUUCAGACGACUUUUACUCUACAGACAUACUUCCUUGUUCCAUUAAAUGACCUAUAUUUUCAUAUUAUUCCUCUUGUAUUCUCAAACUGUAUUUAUUGCAAUGUCUCUCAUUGUAAAGCAGUCCACUGUUAUAUGGUUCGAUUAAAAAAAAAAUGGUAUGUUAUAAAUAAAGCCUUUAAAUUCUUCAA